GUCCUCUGUCUAUCGAUCUCAUUCUCGUUCUUACUCACACAUACUCUCUCUAGGUAAUUAUACAGACGUACACGCACACACGCACCCACUUUCUCAACUGGCUUACACCUACAAUAUUCGCCCUUGUCUUCUUACCCUGCUCACAACCCCAAUCGCAACGUUGGACAACGGCAAACAGCCACCUACCAUCCGAAAGAGGCGCCGACACUUCGUUCCCCGGGUGCGACCGCGUAAUCGGCGCCGAUACCGGAUUUUCAUAUACCUACAUACAUAAUUAGGUACUCGUACUAUAGUAGGUGUAGGUAUCCAUACACCUACGCAGAACUCUCCCAACAGCCCCUCUCACCCUCACCACCAGCAGUAAGCAGCAAACCCACCACCACUCCUCUCGCCCACGAUGGACGACAACGGCGGCGGCAUCAGCAGCCCGGUGGACACGGCGAACCUGGCCGCAGCGUGGCUCUCGUUCGCGGUGACGGCGGCGGGGCUGGGCGGGCUGAUCUCGCAGGCGAGCGCGAUCAACGAGAAGCUGGACCCGUUCCGCGCGACGCGGACGGCCGAGUACCUGGGGAUCUGGUUCCGGCGGCAGGCGGCGUUCCCGUGGUGGCGCAUCGCGAAGCCGCCGCCGCAGGGCCCCGUCGUCGCCGCCGGCAUCGCCGCCGGCUUCUGCGGCGUCUCGCGUCUGCACGUCACGCGCAUCCCGCUCGCGCCCCCCGGCCGCGCCGGCUGGCCCACCGUCCUCGCCAUGUUCAAUGCCCGGCCGCGUUCCUCCUCCGAGUCGGACGGCAGCGCCGGCUGGCCCACCGUCCUCGCCAUGUUCAAUGCCCGGCCGCGUUCCUCCUCCUCCUCCUCCGAGUCGGACGGCAGCGCCGGCGACGACGGCGCGGCCGCCUACGCCGACAGCUGGGGCCACCUCGAGCGCCGCCCCCUCAAGCGCUACCAGGCGGCCGCCUGCAUCGUCAUCUCGCGCACCACGCUGAUCACCAUGCUGGUCGCGACCAACGGCCGCGCCGUCUUCCAGUACAGCGACGCGUCGGGGUUCCGGGCCGGGUACGCCUCGUACUGCGGGCAGUGGUACAUCACCUGGCCCAUCGGCCAGGAGGCCGUGGUCAAGUUCGCGGCGCACGAAUCGCUGGGCACGGCGGAGCAGCUGCCGCGCAGCUUCAUGCAGCGCGUCGACCGGUGCGGGCAGAUCGCCGCGGGCGUGAUCCUGGUGCCCCCCUCGCCCGCGGCGGCGGACAGCGACGCCGACGAGCGCCCCUUCGCGCUCGCCUUCCCCGGCCGCCGCCCCGCCGGCACCUACCAACUCGAGCACAUGGCGCGCGGCUUCCAGGGCGCCCACAGCGGGCGCCACCUGUACAACAUGAUGGGCGGGCGGGCGCACGAGGUGGACUUCCUGGCGGCGCGGCCGGUGCCGUGGGACGCGGUCGACGUGGCGCAGCAGGUGUCGGCGGCGGGGCUCGUGCUGCGGCUGCCGUGCCGCGACCGCGACCGGUACGGCGGCAAGCUGGACGUGCCGGCGGGAUUCCCUGGCGGCGGCGCGGCGUGGGUCGUGGUGCCGCCGGCGGAGGAGGCGCUGCUGCGCCGCGCGCUCGACGGGCUGCCGUGGGUGGCGCUGUCGUGGAGCGCGCACCGCGGGCUGCGCGACGUGCUGCUGGCGUACGGGCGGCCGACGAUGGACGCGCACCGGGCGCAGCUGGCGGGGCUGCUGCGCGGCGCCGCGGCGCGCCACGCGGGGGCCCUGCGCGCGCGCGGCUGGGACGCGGCCUUCGUGCGCGACGCGAUGGCGCCGAUGGCGGCGGCGGCCGUGCUCGCCGGCCCCGGCGGCAACUCGGGCGACGCCGUACGCGUCGUCACGGACCUGGCGGCGGUGGCGGUGGCGGCGAUGCCGCCGGCCUCGGACGCCGCCCCGCGCGAGUGGUCCCUCGCCCAGCUCGACGACGUGCGCUUCUGGCGCGACCGCCCGCUGCUCCGCGGCACCGCGUUCCGCGCCCCGCGCGAGACCCCGCUCGACGCCGCCGGCGUCGUCGCCUUGACCAAGCUCUUCGUCCUCGAGUGGAGCCAGGAGUUCGACUACCAGCUCUACCACCACCUGCCCAUCUCGCUGUACUUCGCGUGAGGCGGGGCUGCGGUUGGGGCGCUUGGAGGGAGUGAGACCCACGAGGCCACGGCGUCCCACGCCGUGCUUGUAGGCUCUACGACGCGCUUGUUGCUCUUAUGGCUGCCUACUUGUUUACAAGGCAGACGAGAGCAUUCGCUCUACUCACAAGCCUCCGGUUCGCCGUGGCUAACCAGCCGGCUAGCACAUAUAUACGUAUUUGAAUCAGCCCAGCCCAGCCCAGACACGGCCGCGGCAUUGUGAGAAGGGCUCUAGGAGCAGCCGUGCUAAGCACAUCUCCGUCUUGCCCCCCCUUGCCGCUUAGGUAGGCCCCUUGCCAAAGAACAAGCAGCCGGGGCCAGCGGGCUAUCCUGCGAACGGAGAGGCUUGUCAGAGGAGACAAGGGAACUCUGCUAAUGCUGCGGUGGUGUGGUAUACUUGUCGACCUACCCCUACCCUACCAGCCAUCGUGUUGUCAGGAGGUGGAUAAGGAAGGUUAGGGAUAAUUAACCGCGAUCAGCUAACCUAACACAUAUAAACCCUAGUGUGGCUGGUAGCUUUACACAAUAAACAACUCCCGAUCGUCCCACGAGGCCCCCACGUC